CGCGGUCCUGUUUUCCGACUCCCACGAGCUGCGUAGCCUUGCCCCCUCCGAACGCGCUCCCAGCCGGGCCGGAAGCCGGCUCCAAGCCGUCGCUCGCGCGGCGCUCCGCGGUCCUGCCUGCUUCCUAGCGGGCGGAGCCCUGAGAAGCGGCCCUUCGAGUGGAAGGCGGGAAAAUGGCGGACACCUCGGAGCGGGGCGCGGGGAAGCCCGCAGCCACUGGUGCCCCCAAGACCAAAGGAAGAAGAGUACAAGGAGGAAGAGUGGUUGAGUCCAAAUACCUACAAUAUGAGAAGAAAACUAAGAAGGCUUCUGUGUCCUCUGGAGGGAAGUCACCAGAGGGAAGAAAGACUAGCACAUUGCAGAAGAUCAAAGAAGACAGCCUGGUGAUGGGAACAGGAAGCCUGCAGUCCACCAUGCUGGAAGGGCACAGCACAGCUCCGCCCUACCUAGACCUUUCAUCCAUCAAAGACACAAGCAUGUUCAGGACGGCUCCCCAGCUAGACAGGACAGUGUCAAAGAAAGCGGAGUCCAUGUCCUUUACCACUCAGAGAAAGACGCCCCUUCCCAAGAAGAGACAGGAUCUGCAGGAGACCAUGGACAUGAUGGAGUCGCAGACACUGCUGCUGACCCUGCUGUCUGUGAAGAUGGAAAACAACCUGACUCUGCUGGAGGAGAAGGCUGAGAAGGACUUGGUGGCCAUAUGCCGUGAGAAGGAGAGUCUACAGCGGCGGGUGCAGGAGCUGCGGCACCAGCUGCUGCUCCAGCAGAAACAUCAGGAGCUGGCUACCAUCCUAGAUGCCCAGAUGGAGGUGCUGGGCCCUUUCCAGGCUGUAGCAAAGCACUUCAAGGAACAAUACAAGACACUGGCCACAGCCUUGGACACCACUCGACAUGAGCUGCCCGUGCAGGCCAUCCACAUGCAGGGAAGUGGGCAGGAGCUCCUAGAUGAUCUGGAGCCGGCCCUGAAGACUACCCUGCAGCUCCUGGGCGAGCUGGGCAUCUGCUCCCCAGACGCCAGCGCGCAGGUGCCGGACGCCAGCGUGCAGGUGCCAUGCCUGCUGGAGGAACUCAGGGACUUGAUUACCAAGAAGGACCUGGAGCUCUACAGGAUCUUCGGUCAGGUGCUGGAACUUUCCUCCCAGGCCAGCAAAGAGGCAGCCUUGAUAAACCAGGAAGUCUGGGAAGAGGUCCAGGGCACCCCAACCAGCAGCCAGUGGUACUUCGGUCCAGAUGCCCUCGGGGACCCACAGCCCCCUCCCAGGACAGGACUAACCCCAGUGUAGGCCUCACCCCACUUUUCGGUUGUCUCCAUUCCCUCUGGGCCUUUACCUCAUAGAUUGAAGGACGUUCCAGCCAGGCAGUUUUCUGAAAUUUUUGUGUACUUUUCUUUUUCUGCACUUUCCACUUGGGACAUCAGCAGCAUUUGUGGGUUUGGGUUUUGGGUUUUUGAGACCAGGUCUCCCUGUAGAGUCUGUCUGUCCUGGACCCGAGUGACUGUCAGGUGUGGUGGUACG